AGUUUUAUAUUGCCUGGAGUUCCAAACAGCAACACUCCGUGUCAUAUCGUAUACUACUUUUGGAAUCAGGUUCAAAUGCAUAAGAGGUUACUGUACCAGAAAUGCAUAAAAGGCCUCUUGGUGUGGAAUCAUAGAAUUGUAGUGUUGGAAGGGACCACGAGGGUGAUUCCAAGAAAUAAAUGUAAAGCAUGUUUCAAUGUACUGUGUAAACCGUGAUUGAUUCAUUACAUUUAUAUACCACCUUUAUCUUCCAAGGAGCGCAAGGUGGUGUGCCCAGUUUCAUCCUCACAACAACCCUGUGAGGUGGGUCAGGCUAAGAGAUGGUGACUGGCCCAAGGUCACUCAGUGAGCUUCAUGGCUGAGUGAGGAUUCGAAUCCUGCUCUCCCAGGUCCUAGUCCAAUGCUCUAUCCAUGAUAGGUCAUAGCAAGUAUGUUUCCAAAAGAAACUAUGAGAUGCACAUCGUUUGUCUUAGCCUUACUGAGGAGUAUUGUUGUCAGCAGUGACUGACAGCGCUUCGUCAGAGUUUCAGGCAGCACCCUUUGCCAGCCCUCCUUCGAGACACUAAGGACUGAACCUGGAACCUUUCACAUGCAAAGCAUAGGCUGUACAGUUCAGCCACGGCCCUUCCUUCUGGUGAUGCUCAGUUUCAGGUUCUAGGCUUUGCCUCAGUUCGCUCAUCAAUCCCGGGCACGAUGACACGAGUAGGCAUUGCAAGACUGCCUCCUCACCAUGCAGCCAGUUUGUGUAUCAAGCUUGCUCACAUACUUCUUGAAACAUUUGUGCAGUAUACCCCCUGAAGCAGGGGUCAGCAAACUUUUUCAGCAAGGGGCCGGACCACUAACCCUCAGACCUUGUGGGGGGCCGGACUGUAUUUUGAAGUGGGAAAAAAUGAUGCAAGAGCACCACGAGCCCCGGUGGCUGCUUUCCUGUGUCUUGUGAGCAGCAGGGGCUGACAGUGGCGGGGCGAUGAGCGGCGCACGAAAGAGCUCCGGAGAGGGACUGCUUAAAAUGUCGGCUGCUCGAGCGCUGCUGCUGCUGGCACCAACAAAGCCCAGCUGCCUUCCUCCUCUAGGCAGUGCAGGGAGAAGCCAGGAGGAGGGAGGGAGGAGGAGGCGCCACCGCCCCGUGUGAGGGAGAGGUAGGGGGAGGGAAUUCUCGGACCGUCUGCGGGCCAGAUCCAGAAGGCAAUUGGGCCUGAUCAGUCUAUUUGUCUGCUUCUCCAUCAUACUGCUGCAGUGCUUCUCUCAGCUAAAUGUAUUAACUGGAGUAAUGUUACAACUUUAUUAUAACCCCACCUUCCUAUGUGCCUACAAAUUUAGGAUAUUGGUGGCAAUUAGUUUUGUUUUGAAGUAAUUUCAUCUUAUAAAAUGUACAGAUACUGCAUUAGAUCUUCUGCUGAUUUGCCAGGUUCUUUUCUAAGCCCUAAUUCCUAUUGGAAAGAGGGAUUCACACAGAUCUAUUUGCUUAUAUAGCUCAAAAGCCUCUGCUUACUCCCCAAGGUCCACUUACAGUAAAUUUUAUGUAAUAGCACUGAGAGCUUAUGGUACAUUUUAGCUAGCAGCACUUUGAUAUCUUACCUUUUCUAUAAAUUAGAAAUGGUUUCUUUUACAACGGUGUGCCCCAUAAAGCAAUUCAUUAAGUCUCUUCUGCUGCACAUUUCCACAUUGGUCACCUGAGGCUCUUCCCUGUAUGAAAAACGUUUGUGCUCCAAUAAAAUACAGGUGAUAAAAAUAUUUUACUCAGUAUAAAACAAGUACUGUUUGAACUACAGUAUUUGAUUUGGUGGAAUAAUACUUUCUAAGUGCUGGAGACAACUUAAUAGCAUUGUCUUUUUCCUUUCUGUGAACAGUUCCUUUUACUGGUUAUAAACUAGUUAUAAACACAUCAUACAUUACAUUGUUAUUAUACUUAAAUUAGCUUAAGCACAUGCAGUCUUUAUUAUACACAGUCACAUAAAGCAAAUACGGCCUAUAUCAGCACUGUGGGAAGACAGAUAAAUAAAUCCAACUGAUUUUUAGAGGAAGGAAUUGCAGAGACAACCCCCCCCCCAGCCCUUCAGAACUGCAGAUAAAAUAACUUCCUGUCUCUCAGUUUCCUGUAUCCAUGGUAACUUUAUUUUAACCAGUCAUUGUGGAGGAGCCAGUGGGGAAGAGUAGAUGCUUCCUGUAGGAACAGUUGCAGAACCUGCAACAAAACGUAAGAAACUAGCCCGUUGUCUAGAAAGUUCUUAAACUCCAGCAUAUACAUGUACAAUUAAUUUUACUGUGGUACAGAAGAAGAUAAAAUGAGCAUCACAUUCUAGCACAAUCAAAGAUGACGGGAAAACUCAAAGUCGGGGAUAUGUGUCAACUUCACCCCUUUGAAUUGUUUUGGAAUUCUCUUCCUUGUUUACUUCUGUUGCUGAUCCAGGAUAUAAUUUGCUGUCCAUCUGUUUGCCAACAGUGUAGAGGCAGACAAGCUGACUGCCGUGAUUCAGGUCUUUCCAUUGUUCCAAAGAAUUUCCCACAACAUACCGUCUUUGUAUAUUUAAGUGGGAAUAACAUCUCACACCUAAAUCCAAAUGAACUGAAAGGCCUCCGGCAACUCGCUGUGCUACACUUGGAUAAUUCUAGCAUUUUAUAUGUGUACCCAAAGGCAUUUUCUGAAUUUAAGAAAUUGUGGUACCUACAUCUGAAUAAUAAUCAAAUAAAACACUUGGAUCCUGGAACAUUUGAAGGACUUUCAAAUCUUCGCUCUUUAUACCUGCAGAAUAAUGAAAUAGCUUUUGUUCGCAAGGGAUUAUUUAGUGAUCUUGCUUCAGUUCAAUAUCUGAUGCUGCAAAGUAAUCGCCUCAGCAUUGUUGGCAGUGGCCUUUUUGUCGGCAUGAUUAGUCUUCGGAUUCUUAACCUAGCGAACAACAGGAUUUCGUGGAUAUCACACUCGGCAUUUCGUCACCUUGACAACCUUACAUGUUUAUACCUUGAUGGUAACCAUUUAACACGUGUGCCAUCAAAUGCAUUUGCUGCAUUGAGCAAUCUUAAAAGACUUUCAUUGUCACAUAACUCGAUUGGAUCAAUACCUCCCUUUGCAUUCAGAGGACUUGACAAGCUUCAACAUCUAUCUCUAAAAAGUGCCAAAAUAAAAGCUAUCCAUGUGAAUGGAUUUACAGGUCUAAAGAAUCUUAAAAAGCUACUUUUGAGCAAUAAUGAUUUGCAAAGCAUCAAUUCCAGUACCUUUGCAUUGUUGGAGGAGUUAAUGUUUCUGCAACUCGAUAGAAACAAAAUAAUCAAUAUUGCAGAUAAUACAUUUGAAAAAAUGGGAUCCUCUUUGAAGAUACUGAAUCUGGCAUUUAAUAAUCUUACAGACUUGCAUUCUAAAGUGCUUAAGCCUUUGGUCUCUUUAACUCACUUACAGGCAAAUCACAACCCUUGGAAUUGUAGCUGCAGAUUACUUGGGCUAAUUAACUGGCUAACAUCUUCUUCCAUCUCUAUUAAAAUUCAUUGCCAAAAUCCUUCCUAUUUGCAUGGAAGGCACUUGAAUUAUGCCAACUGGGGUUUGGUUGCAAACUGUAUCAAUACAACCACAAGACCUGGAAUAUUCAGGAACGUAAAGCCAGCAGGUAUCCAUCAAAGUACCACUACUUUAUUGAUGAGAUCGGAUAACCCUCCCUCAGGCAAUGCAGUUUAUGAACGUUCAAAGGAUAUGGAAGCAAAGACAGUUACAUUAUGGGCAGAAGUGCCGACCUCAUCAGCUGCUCAAAAUCUGGAUGGAACCUAUUCCAGUAGGAAGCUGAGACAGGAAGCUAUAGUGUUCUCAGUGCUAACGGUGCAAAUACCAGCGCAGAAUAUACCUGUUAGUUUGACCAUGGAAGAAAGCAGAGCAUCUCCUCCAGAAUCUACUUCUAUCUCCUUGAAAACAUCUCUAAUCUGCACACAGCAGGUAGAGAAACUACAUCAGGCAUUUGACAUUUUAUUAACCUUUUUUAUUUUGGCCUGUGCUGUGAUCUUCCUUUUGAUCUGCAAAAUCAUUCAGUUCAGACAGAAGCUCAAAGAGCAAAAUGACUCUGACAACGGAAUACGAUACUAUGGCUUUUAUCAAGCUGGAAGCUACAGCAUAGCGGAUCCAACUCAGCCUGUACCUCAGCGCUCACUGGGAAGUUCAGAACUGGACCACAGUCAGCCUCCUAAACCAGCAGCACUUCAAAGCCAAGCACAGGUCAUCUUAUUUGAACAUUCUGCAUUGUAAUAUACUCAGCAGGGAUUUUUGUGGCUGCAUGUAUGAAGUCUAUAAACAGCAGCAGCGUGAGAUAUUUUGUAGAUAAAUGUUCAACAACUGAUACGCGGGGGUGGGGGUGGGAAUCUAGUCUGUCUUUUUCAAAUAUUGUCAUAUUUGCUGUCAUUUUAAUUGCUGUUUUUUCGUAUGAAACGUAAGUUUUUGUGUAUUUAUGUGUGUACACAUACAGACUUGAGGGCCACUGCUUGCAUCACCAACCUCUCUCCCCACCCCUUGUUAAACCCACCUACCCUCUAGACUUCACCAGCCCUUCUUCACCCAGUACUAACCCAUUAGACCAAGGGUGGGAAGCCUUUGAGGCUCCAACAGCAUGGGCCACCUUUAACAGGCAGUCAGGGCAAGUCAUCUGUCAAUCACAUAGCACAGGCAUAGGCAAACUCGGCCCUCCAGAUGUUUGGGGACUACAAUUCCCAUCAUCCCUGACCACUGGUCCUGUUAGCUAGGGGUGAUGGGAGUUGUAGUCCCAAACAUCUGGAGGGCCGAGUUUGCCUAUGCCUGACAUAGCAUACUUGGUGCAUGAUGGACAAGCGGUGCUGCCCCACUUACCUGUCCAAAUCCUGACACCAGUGGUUGAAAGCCUGACUCGUGCUGAUCCUUCCAGCCUUUUGUGAUCCUCUCCAGCUUUUCUUCUCCCCUCCCCCCCCACGAUGUUGGAGGUGCAAAGGAGUGUCAGCUCCACCUACUGCCCUUGUGAAUCCUCCCAUGCCCUGAGACCUCACCAAGCCUUCUUUGCCCCUCCCCCCCCAGCUAGAUCUUUUUCCGUGAGGAGGAGGGGACAGCGGCAAAUGACCCAGGCGAGUUAUAGAGGAAUAGUUAUGAAGGCUGGGUCAACUCCAUCCUGCUUUCCUGUUGCCCAUUGAAACAGCUCCCAUGAGGUGGGCAACAGUGGUGGCGAUAGAGCAUGAGGAGCUGCCCCAGCCUGUCAUGACUGAAACCUCUACUGCAUGACUGGGCUGGCCACUGCUGAUGUGAAGGCCUGGCAGCUCUCAGAAGGCUGUUGUCACACUGUAGCUUGCAGCGCCAUCUGUCUGCCACCAAGCUAACUGCUGCAUGACAACAGCCUUAGGCUAAAAUAUCAUGGGAGAUAUACAUUUCCAUUUUGUUCUAUCUGCCUGUGGAAAACCAUUCCUCGAGAACUAACUUUGCACCCCUAUGUGUUCAGCCACCGAUAUCAGAUGUUAAGUCCUUGUCUAUCAGGAUCUUAGAGUUUUCAAAUAUUUAUUUGUAUUAAAUGAUUCAUAGGAGCACUACAAGGCAGCUUACAAAUGAGUAAGUAAAACUGAACUGUAGCUGGCAGCAUCAUGAAGCUCAAUUACUUGUAGAACUAAAUAGCUUUUAUCGGGGAGAGACUGUGAUAUAACAGAAACAUUGUAAUGCACUAUGCUACUCAACAGAGACAGCAUUCUAACAGGACAGGUAUGUUUGUUCUAAUGAACUGUUUUAUGUGUAUGUAAAGUCUGUCGCCAAUGUAUCAUCUGCCUGCAUUUCCCCUGUGACAGAUCUUUGUCCUGGAUACAUAGACAGAACUAACUAAAGUUAGAAAUUUAUAAGAAAGUCUGUUUAUAUUGUAAGAAAUACUACAUUUUGCAGUUUCUCGUAUCACAAACUGACGAUAUUUUUUUGAGAGAUGCAUUUUAUCUGUGGAACGUCUUAAUAUUAAACUGCAGUAGCUGGAAAAAUGGAAUGGGAGAGCAACAUCCUAGUACUUAUCUGGGUAGAGAGCUGAAAGAGCCAGUGCUAACAUGGUUGCUUGUGAUAAUGGGAUUCCAUUCCAAAUAGAUGACAUGAAUCUUUGUAAUGAAUUAUGCUUUAGUCGAGUACCAUUGACUCUGUAACUGUUGUUUGUUAAUCAGAUGGGUAAAGUGGAUUAGGUAAUUAUAGCAUCCAAAAAUUCUACUCAGAUUGCCUUGACAACAUGAAAAACUUGUGUGGCUACCCACUCUGUUUUCAGAAGGGCAUACAGGCCCAUGUACAUGUCUGUCAUGGCAUAAAUUGAGUUUUGUGAUUCCUGCAUUUGAGCUAUAGAUGACACUUGGGGGCUGCCUCUCAACUCUACAAUUCUGUGACCAUUAUCUGUGCCUGCUGGAGAGUUAAGUGUGCACACCUGUUUUCUGUGAUUUUUCCAACUCCCUUUGUGGUGGAAGAAUCACAAGAAUGAAAUACAUUCAAGAAGAUAUCAAUAUGCACAUAACACCAGAAGAGCAGUGGUGGGCCUAUGUCUGUUAACACAAAAUGCAUUACUACAUUCGAGGCAAGCCAGCACGUAUUUUCAAGCAGAUCUGACAGUUCCUUUCCGAAAAUGGAAAAGGCCUAUCCAUACUACUGUACUGAGGCUAUCUCAAUCAUACCUGAGGAGUGUGCAAAGUUAACGACAUAAAACCAGUUUUGUCUUGGAAGUAUUUCAAAGAUGAUUUUUCAAGGUUGCCAGCAGCAUUCCCUAAAUCAUAGAAACCCGAAUUCAAAGACUUGUAUAAGAGAAGAGGAUCAAGCUUAAUUGGUUAGAGUGUGGUGCUGAUAACACCAAGGUUGCAGGUUCUAUCCCUGUUAAGGGACAGUUGCAUAUUUCUGCCUUGCCGGGGGUUGGACUAGAUGAUCCUCAGGAUCCCUUCCAACUCUGCAAUUCUAUGACUCUACUGCUACUCCACCCAAAAUCCUCUACACAUCACUGACCCUAGCCUUCUGAUCAACUUAUAUAAUGCUGCGAUGUGCCUUGAUCAAGGUGUAUUCAGAACCGAAAUACUGGGUUGUUUAGCACUAGGAUCCGACUGAUACUUUUAAACAUUGUUUGGCUGAACACAAACCUCCUCAUGAUCAGGAACCCUUCUAAAGGGAGCUUCUAGGUACAUCGAGCUGAAUGUACUUAGAAACUCUCUUCAAACCUUCCUACUGAACAUAUGAAGGCCUGAAGUUCAGCCAUCAUGUGGGAACACAGGGGUUUCUUGUGCAUGCCACUGCUCCCUCUUCAAGCCCUCACGUGUUUGCUCAAAUGCCCAAAUAGAGCUACAGUUGUCUGCUCCUUAUUUGUUUAUUUUGAAGCAUUUUUACUCCAUCUUCAGCUGAACUGGCUCUCUCACAAGAAAUAAAAGCAAGACCGUUUCUGCCUGCAGUCUCAUGAUCUAAAAGGCACUACCCCAAAGGGAAAAGGGAUGUGAAAGAAAACAAGCAGACUCGAGCACCAAUUCUCAAAGUUAAACACUAGUUCUUAUAAUGGCCAUCUGGAAUGGAAACAAUUCACAGAGAGGACGUCAGUAAAGUUCAUCUCCCUAAUCUUUACUAAAUAAAUGUUUCUGUCAUAUAAAGGCAAUGACCAUCUCACACAGGCGUUCUGUUCUCUCACAGAGCUAGAUUUUCCUGAAGAUAGGGAGUGAUUGUUAAACCACUUGGAACUUCAGCCCUAUCAGGAAAAUAAGGGUCUUUUAACAACUGAGCGCCCUUAGCAAGCUAUAGUUGCCAGGAUUCGUUUGUGGGAAGCCAUGAGCAUUUAAAGUGAUAUGAUACUGCUUUAAAUUUAUAGUGCUGGUGAACCCUUACGCUGUAAUCCUAACUACGGCUAGAAGAGUUUGGAUUUUAUAUCCCGCUUUAUCACUACCCUAAGGAGUCCCAAAGCAGCUAACAAUCUCCUUUCCCUUCCUCCCCCACAACAAACACUCUGUGAGGUGAGUGAGGGUGAGAGACUUCAGAGAAGUGUGACUAGCCCAAGGUCACCCAGCAGCUGCAUGUGGAGGAGCGGGGACGCAAACCCGGUUCACCAGAUUACAAGUCCAUUGCUCUUAACCACUACACCACACUGGCUCUCAGAAGUCCUACUGAACUCAGCGGUGCCUACUCUGAAGUAACUGGGGUUAGAAUUGCACCCAUAACCUGGGCUGUUGCUUUUAAAAUGAAAGAUUCUGGAGGGAGAAAUACGUUCCUGAGAUUCAAUAAAAUGCUUAUGCUUCUAAAAGUCACCAUCUUCUUGCAUUGCGUUUUGUUUUUAUAUUCCCCUUCAUUGGUGAAACCCCUGGACAUGAAGGAAGUGCAAGAAAUGAAAAAGGUCACCUUUGUAGCAGCCAUAAUAGAUAGAGAGAGACGCACCCUCCUGAGAUGGGAUCAGGCUGACAGAUUAGGUCCUUCACAUUCAUUAAUUCUGAGCUCUAACCACAAGUUGUGGACACUGAGCAACAAUUUCAGAGAUGAGUGUCUGCAUCUUGAAUUUAAUUGUACGCACGACAUACCAGUGCUAUUACUAAUUCAAGUUGCCACAGAGCAAGCCAUGCAUUUAAAGAUUUUCCUCCGAUCCACAGGGAAAUCAGCACUUCAGAUGAGGAUUCCCUGUGAAUUGAUAUUCAAGAUCAGAUCCUCAGUUAUCAUUCCCAUUGAUGGGCCCCCUCCGUAUAGCACUUGGGGCGGUGUACACAUUUCAUUUCUUCUGUUUUUAAUUGGGUUCACAUGCAGGCAUGACAGAUGUUCGGUGCUGUCAGUUUUAACACUGACUGCUUGGGGCAAGAGGAUUGAUUCCAGCCCACCCCCUUUCCUCCAAUAUGUGAUUGGCACUGUCAGAGCUAACCACGCCAAACCUGUUUGGCAGGUAAAUGCUUGGAGCCAGUUAUUUGGGGGGGGGGGAGAGGGCUGUGCCAGUGUGUUUUCCUGCUGUGUGUUCUCUCGUUUUCCCUAUGGCCAGUUUUGCAGCUGCCUACGAGGCAGAAACAACAGAAGUUUCCGUAGUUUUGAGUUGCUGCUUGCGAGUGUGCUCGGCUAAGCUCUAAAUUAAAGGAAGUCGAUCUCCAGAGGUGUUGCCUUUAAAAAGUGCCGAGGAAAUGUCCUGUUUAGUUAGUUGAGCUAAACCGUUUCCCUGUUCUU